AAUACGCUUUGGUUGCAUUGAACGAUACCGAUACCACAUGAUGAAUAGGCAACAACAUCAUUAUUGAUUGUUUCACUUCUUGUUGCAUAUAGUCGCCGGCCUCAUGGUCUGACAACAUCACCCAAGCAUGAGGAGUCGCUUUUGAGCAAUCGCUUCAUAUGCGGAGGACAAGAGUUACAUUGCUAGAUGAACAGUGAAGUUAAACCGCGCGUUGCUGAGUUCAGAGCUGAAGGCUGCCACUAUCGUUUCUUUGGCAAUAGCGGUGACAAGACCUCGUAUGUGUAUUGAGCACAUCUCAGCGACCAGAGAAAGUGAUCCAAGGGUCAGAAAUAUCCGACCCAGCGCCUCUUACAAGAGCAAUUACAUCAUGAAGCGCGACUUGACUGCCUCACGAUGGGCGAGUCCCGAGGUUCGGAAAGAACGACAAUAUCAACUCCGAUCUCAGUCAGCGUCGCCAUACAAGGAUCUGCCGCAAUUUCCUCAAGGCACUUCCAACGGUCCAUCUACUGUCCCACAGAAGGCGUCGUCUAUCCUGAGCCGACCCGCCAUCGGAAAAUGGAACGAACCUGGAUCACGAUCCUCUCAGUCACUGAGCAGCGCCCAGCGACAGUAUCAAACCCGCCUCACCGAGCUACAUCGAUUUCGCCGGCUAUUCAGACGCCUGAGAUGGAAAUCAAACAGCCUGGCUCAUUGGUCACACCGCGCCCUCAACCUCACACAACAGCAUGCACAAGAGCAAGAUACCACAUAUAACCACCGUUCUGAAAUCCCAAACCCUUUGUACCACGGCCCGGUGGCGUCACUUGGACACUAUCAUUUUACAAUCGACCCCAUUGAUGCGGAACGACAAUUCAAGAUUGACUUUUAUGAGUUCUAUGCACUUUUGGAGCGUGGACUGGUAUGUCUCUUUGGAGUUUGGGGAAUCGUCAUCACAGCAUCACAGCAUGAUGAGGAUGAUGCAGCAAUUUCACUCACUGGGGCUACAUCACGCAACAUAAUCGGUAACUCCAGGGCUUUUCACGGAGCGGAACAUCGAUUUCACGCCAAUGUCCUUGCUGCAUUGGACAACCAAGCUAAUCCUCUUUAUGACAUUCUCGGCACAGGAGAUGCACGAGAGUACAUUGGUGUUGCUAAGGAGUUCCGAAACAAAUGGAAAGAUGUCGAGCAGAAGCCUGACGACUCAUUUGGAGCCAGUGGCAGGGCUGAAGAAGAGCUGGACCCAACCAAGGUUAAGCGGUAUGAGAAGGUGUUGAAAGAUCUACAAUUGGAGCCACUGCUUGGGACUGUAUUGUCUGGUUUGGAGCAAGCAGGUCGAAAAGCAGAGGCUGAGAUUGAAAGACUGGGCCAAAUCCUAGGAGAUGGCGCAGCAGGAAGAGACGGACUCGGUCCAGCUUAUGAGGACGGGGAUUCUGACUUGAUGGACUAUGCGCCUUUUGAGGUUGGAGGAUACGAGAGAAUGGACUACGACAUGGAGUUAUGACCAGUACCAACAAGCGGCGACGAUAUUCUUGGAGAGGCAUAACUUGAGCACAUCAAGUUUUU